AUGAACUUCCUGUUCAAAUCGAUCUCUGGGCUCCAGUUCCCAUAUUCGCUUGCAUCAGAACCAACUGUUUCUACGCCCAUCUGGGAAGCCACCGAUGGACAUCGAAAAUCAGAUUCACACCCGGUAACGGUAUUCAGCUUUCAAAGAGAUGCCAAAAACUUGGAGUUGGAAGCCCUUAUAUCUAAUGCUAUACGCCAUUUUAAGAUUUUGAAGCUUCCAGGACUUGUCAAAGUACUAGAUGUUUUAGAGACCAAUGCUGCAACCAGCUAUGUAAUCACCGAAAGAGUGACACCGCUGAAUACACAGGGCUUGAGUAUGCAGGCUUUGAGUUUGGGCGUGUUCCAACUUGCAGAAACCUUGGAUUGUUUACAUAACCAGGCCCAGGUAGUGCUGGCCACAUUGUCCAAAGGAACGGUUUUUGUCAAUGAACGAGGCGAAUGGCGUCUCUUUGGCCUUGAAUUAUGCUCGAAAAUAACCGAACUGCACCGUCUCAAGCAGUUUGCGGGAGCCUAUUCGUCUUUGAUGGCUAACACAAACGUCCAGGUGCCACCAACUUCGUCCGCAAACGCAGAUGCAAUCUUACUUGCCAAAUUUAUAUCCAGCAUCUACAACCCAGUUCCAAACGAUUGGAGAUCGCUUCUUACCAGCAUGGAACAAGGUAGGCUCACUUUGACACAGUUUGUAUCGCGUGCUGCUAACACACUACCUUUCCAAUCGGCGUUAAUCGUCAUUUAUCAAGAUCUCAAAGAAUUUCACAUCAAGGAUCCCAAGGGCAAAAUAGUGGCCAUGAUCGAUUUGCAACGCAAGAUUAUGGAGGACUCUAGCGUACUUAGAAACUGUACACCCGGGUUCGUGGAGCACUAUUUAAUCCCAGAAAUAGCGCAAUGCAUCAAGACAAUAACGGAAGGACAAAACGUUCAACUUGGAACUAUGGCCACUGCAAACACUGCAUCAUUCGUUGCAACGCUUCUUGAGCUUACUUGCUCUAGCCAGCCAAUAACGGACUCAAAAUCGGUAUUCGACAAGUACGUCAAACCUGUUCUGUUCGAGAACUUUAAACAACCGGACAGGCAGGUCAGAUUCCUCUUAUUAGUGUACUUCUCUAGCUACCUCCCCAAGCUAACCAACUCUGAAGUGUCUGAUCGCAUUUUUCCACAUUUCGUACAAGGUCUGGCAGACACAGACGUAACAAUGAGAAUUCAAACGCUUAAAAGGAUACCAGACGUUGUCCCAAUGAUUACCGAGCGGCAACUGAACAAUGACUUACUUAGACAUUUGGCCAAAACGCAGGUUGACGGAGAUGUCGAAAUCAGGACAUGGACAAUACUAACAAUUUCUGGUCUAUCCAAAAAGCUUUCACCAUCCAACAACAGAUCCGGUAUAUUAGCUACGGCAUUUACGAAGUCUUUAAAAGAUCCACAAGUAAAACCUCGGCUCGCAGCCCUUUAUGGGCUGGAAACUUCCUUGGAAUUAUUCGAUAUUGAAACCAUAGCUAACAAGGUCCUCACAGUCAUCGCUCCUGGUCUGCUCGACAAAAACGAACAGGUUAGAAGCAAAGCCAAAAAUCUGUUUCGGGUAUACCUUUCCAAGCUUGAGUCUGAAGCUGACGGAAUUCCUACAGCUGACAGUGAACAUAUUGACAUAGAUUUUAGUGCCGCUGGAAUUCAAGAUGAUUCUAAUGUUGUGCAACAGUUCAUGGAGACGCUAAGGCUAUCUACACCUCCAAUAAUUGCAGGUAAUGAAGUUUCUGUACCUACCGGUUUCGUGGACAGCUCAGAGUCGGUAGCAGAUGAUGCAGGAUGGGAAGUAACUGAUGAAUGGGGUGACGGAUUCGACACUGAACAACACAAACCAAUAAUGGGCACGCCGCAAAUCGAAAAAAACCCUAAGGGAACCGUGAAAGUAGUGAAAUCAUGGAACGAUGAAUUGGAAGACGACGAGUGGGACGCAUGGGAUAGGCCUGCAAAGCUCCAGACCAAAGUGCAACCUAAGUCAAAACCCAAGGCAACAACCACUCUGAGGAACGCUUCUAAAAUCGUCAAUACCAAAAAGCCUCAGCCUCUAAACAAGAAAGAAGACAUGAAUAGUGUAGACGAAGAAGAUCAAGAAGGCGGGUGGGACGAAGAGUGGUAA